CUCAAACCCCUCACCUGGGAUCUGACCCCAGGGUGCAAGUUUCUCUGAAUAGACUUUCUGGGUUUCCCUCUCCCGACUGGAUUGGCCUUCUCUCUUCUUUCUCAUUUUGAUGGGAUGUCAGAGUUGGGAAGUCCUUUUUUUAAGUUCUAGUUCCAUUUCUUUCUGCUGCUGAGGCACGGGAUGCAUAGUGAUGAGGAAGGGAGCCAGGAGCCCCCUCCCAGGGGAGUGGGAUGCCCCCCAAAAAGAACCAGCUGCUAAAGGCACCGUCCACAGGGGCUGGGGAGGGUAACUGGCGGGGGAGCAGAGCCGAGGGCAUUUGCUUCUGGGGGGACGAUCACCUCGCAGGAGCCAAGUCAGGGUGUGGAGGGGCCCACUCAGUGACCUGCCCCCUCCCAAAGUCUGCCCACCUUGUAUUCUCUUAUUAGCAGAAGAUCCAGCUUCUGCCCCACAAUGUGGGGUGAACCUGGCUAACACUUUGCCAGCAGUGAAACGGAGGCACUGGGAGGAAGUCGGGGGGACCCCCCAGGCUUGUGCUAAGACUCCCAGUCUCCACACCUUCCUCUGGGCUUUGCUCUGGAAGCUAUCUCAGUGACCCUAAAAAUUUAGGCAGGAGAAGCCUCCAGUCCAGGGCACACCUCCCUCCAUCCCUCCCUCCCACUCCAGCCCAGGGCAACACAACACACACACACACACACACACACACACACACUGCUCUCCUGCUUUAGAGCUGGGUGCCUGGAACAGCAUCUCCGUGGUCAGCCUGGGUGCGUGUGCGUGUGUGUGCCCCCACGGGUCACCCUGUUCAUUCAUUACACUGGCAGUGCCCAUGCGGGUACUCCCGAGCGUGUACGUGUGCCUGCACGCAUCAUGCUGUGUUUGUCCAUGAGUGUGUAUGUCAGUGUGUUCCAGUCUCUCUGUGUGAGUGUCGUCCCCAAUCCCCCAUCCCCCCCCCCCCGGAUCUCUAAUUAGUGGUUUGGGGUUUGUUCCUUUUCCCUCCUGUUCCUUCCCUCAGCAGCGGCGGGCGGGCGGCAGCCUCAGCAGCAGUAGCAGCCGCCGCCGCCGCCGCGCCGCCGUGCGCAGAGCAGCAGCAGCAGCAGCAGCAAGGACUCUGGAGUCAGAGCAGGAGUGUAGGAGCGGACCUGAGCGGGAACGGGAGUGCGCUGGCCUCGGAGAGGAGCCGACCCCUCCCAGCACCCUCUGGCCACCCUCUGCCUGCGCGCUCCCUGCCAGCCCUCCAGAGAGGACCGAACCAGGACAACGAGCCUCAGGUCCCCCAGUCUCCCAUUCGCCCUCCCUCGCCCCUUUCCCUCUCUCCGGCUCGGCUCUCUCCAUCCGCCCGGCUCCUUGCGACCCGGUCCCCAGCCUCAGGAUGGCGUCCUCUCUGCUUGAGGAGGAAGCUCACUAUGGCUCCAGUCCCCUGGCCAUGCUGACCGCAGCGUGCAGCAAAUUCGGUGGCUCCAGCCCUCUGCGGGACUCGACGUCACUGGGCAAAGCAGGCACGAAGAAGCCAUACUCUGUGGGCAGUGACCUCUCAGCCCCCAAAACCAUGGGGGACACCUACCCAGCCCCCUUUUCAAGCACCAAUGGGCUUCUGUCACCUGCAGGCAGUCCUCCGGCGCCUGCCUCGGGCUAUACCAAUGACUACCCGGCCUUUUCCCACUCAUUCCCUGGGCCCACGGGCACCCAGGACCCCGGGCUUCUAGUGCCCAAGGGGCACAGCUCUUCUGACUGCCUGCCCAGUGUCUACACCUCUCUGGACAUGGCGCACCCUUACGGCUCCUGGUACAAGGCGGGCAUCCACGCGGGCAUCUCACCAGGCCCAGGCAACGCUCCUACUCCUUGGUGGGACAUGCACCCUGGGGGCAACUGGCUAGGCGGGGGGCAGGGCCAGGGUGACGGGCUGCAAGGGACACUGCCCACUGGCCCUGCUCAACCUCCACUGAACCCCCAGCUGCCCACCUACCCCUCCGACUUUGCACCCCUUAAUCCAGCCCCCUACGCAGCUCCCCACCUCCUACAACCAGGGCCCCAGCAUGUCCUGCCCCAAGAUGUCUAUAAACCCAAGGCAGUGGGCAGCACUGGGCAGCUGGAGGGGAGUGGUGGAGCCAAGCCUCCAAGAGGCGCAGGCACAGGGGGCAGCGGUGGCUAUGGGGGCAGCGGGGCGGGACGCUCCUCCUGUGACUGCCCCAACUGUCAGGAGCUGGAGCGGCUGGGAGCAGCGGCAGCUGGGCUUCGGAAAAAGCCCAUCCACAGCUGUCACAUUCCUGGCUGCGGCAAGGUGUACGGCAAGGCCUCCCACCUGAAGGCUCACUUGCGCUGGCACACGGGCGAGAGGCCCUUUGUCUGCAACUGGCUCUUCUGUGGCAAGCGGUUCACCCGUUCGGAUGAGCUGGAACGUCACGUGCGCACUCACACCCGGGAGAAGAAAUUCACCUGCCUGCUCUGCUCCAAGCGCUUCACCCGGAGUGACCACCUGAGCAAACACCAGCGUACGCACGGCGAGCCAGGCCCCGGUCCCCCAGCCACCGGUCCCAAGGAGCUGGGCGAGGGCCGUGCCGCAGGGGAAGAGGAGGCCAGCCAGACACCGCGACCUUCCGCCUCGCCGGCACCCCCAGAGAAAGGCCCUUCAGGCAGCCCUGAGCAGAGCAACCUGCUGGAGAUCUGAGCCGGGUGGAGGGUCUGCAGCCCCAGGGCCUCUCUCUCAGUGCAGUGGACCACUGCUUGCCACCCCCACCCCACCCUGACCCUUCCCCCGUGCAUGCUGGGCUCUGAGACUGUGCUGUCAUGCGCCCGCACAGCCAUUCCAGCUCCCCCUGCCCCCCAUCUCCUUGCACGCAUCCUCAGCUCACUGCCUCCUUUAGCCGAGAGCCUGGCUUCCUGAAAAAUCCCCUCCCAUGCCCUUACCUUGUUCCUGGUUCCUGUUCUCUCUGGCUUCCUAAGCUCUUCCCUGGUCCCCCGCCCUGAUGAUCACAGCUCCUCUGCCCUGGGCUCCUGCCACAUCCACUCCCUGUCCCUCUAUCUGGGUUCCCAGCUCCGGUGUCUCCAUCUCCCUGACUCCCAGACACGCAUCCCUCUGCUUGUCCAGGUCAUUCACUCACUGCCGUCCCAGCUCCAGGCUCCAGCCUUCCCGGCUUCUAACUCCGCUGUUUUCCACUCUCUAGAGCUUUCUCCUUUUUUUAAUUUUUUUUUUUUUUACAAACACAAAGAUGAUGAUGAUGAUGAUGAUAAUUUAUUGCCCCCUGAUGGCCUCUUCCUUAGGGACCAGAGACAUGGGGACUGGGGUUAGUGAUCUGGCUGGGAGCUGGGUAACCAAGAAGGGAGCAGACCAGUGGGGAUCUGAUCCCAAAGAUGGGGCGACCCCAGGGUCAGGGAGGUUGCCCUCAGGCCUGUAAAUCUAACCCCUAUGCACCAGGAAUAAUGAAUAGUAAUAAUAAUAAUUCUAUUUAUCUAAGUUAUGAUGACGGGUCAGGUAGGGUGAGCUGGGGGAGGGAAGAGGAUCCAUUUCUGCUUUGGAAAUUCUAGCCCAAUGUGUCUGUAUUGAGAAACAGUGUUGGUGGAGAGCUUGUUACCAAACUUAAGGGGGUUUCUCUUUUCAUGGGGUCUCUACCAAUGAGGACUGAACUAAGCUUAUGGGAUAUCUCUGUUAGGGCAUCCCUAGUAUCCAGGCCUGGGCAGAAGCUGUGACACUUCAAGUGGACGGGGUGGGUGGGGGGUGAGGGGGGAGAAGUAUUGGGACGCAGCCCAGCUCCCGAGACCCCAGAGUAGGUCCUUCCACUGCCGCUGACUUCAGACACCAGGCACCCAUCAGGCUGAUCCUUUGUUGCCAUGGUUACGGAGGGCGUGUAGCCCCUCCCGAGGUGUGCUCUUUGGAGAAGCCCUCCUCCCACGAGGACUUUGGGCCAGAGGUGGGUCGGGAAGGCUUUCUCUGGGAUCAGAUGCAAAUAAGUCGAGUAUUAUUCAGUGCCUACUCUGUGCGAGGCCCUGUGCUAGGCCUGGUGCCUAGAAGCCACGAGGAAGAAAUACUGACAGAGCUAAGCGGCCAGAGGUUCCCAGGCUGAUUUGGGGGUGCACCCACGGACCCCCAGCUUGGGCCUCCUGACGCUUCCAGCUCCACCUUCGGUGACUUUUAAAGCCGCUUCGUGCCUUCCAGUGCCUUUCCUGUGACUUUGGAUCCUCCUGUUCUGUCCCCCGCCCCGCUCCCUCGAGGCCCCAAGUUAAAGGGUUAAAGCCGUUGGAGCUUGGGGAGAGGGUCGCAUUGUGGAUCACGCCCUCAUGGAGUCUUUUUUUUUUAAUUUAAUAAAUAAAAGUUUGAUUUGAAA